AUGCAGAUCGUCCACCGGCACGUCCCGCCGCACUCGUGGUACGUCCUCGCCGGCGUUGGCCUCUGGGUCAAGCACCCCAUCGCCGCCUCGGCCCUCCUCGUCGACCAUAGCGGCGGCGAUGAGAGCAAUGUCGAGGGUGACGACGUCCACGAUGCGCACACCGGUAGCCACAUCGCUACUUUUGGCUUGGACAGAGGCGACGUCCCACCCGUCUCAGGCCGCGCCGUCCACCGCAGGAUCUCCGACCUUUUCGCGCGGUGGAGCGCGCCGGUGGUGACGACAAUCGCGCCAAGCUGCGGCUUUGCCAGCGAGUUUGCCCUCGCACUCUUCCUGGCCGCCGCCGAUCUUGCCGACGGCGAUGUCCUGCUCAUCCUGCCUUUGAUCGUCGUUGAGCCCCCGCCGUUCCCUUGCGUGUUUCUGGCCGAUACAAGCGGCACCGCAGCCAGUGUUCUGCCACGUUGA